AUGCGGCGUCUUGUGCGUGGGACCGUGGCGGUCUCCAUGUCUGUUUCCUGUUGGCGUUCACUCGGCAGUGGGGCAGUGAAGGUCUUCAUUGCCUCACGCAACACGCAGGCCAUGUGCGAUGCGACAUGUUGUACGUCUCGUGUCUGUUUUGCGACACGGUCGCCGUUGCUUCUUCAGUCCUGGGCCCAGCGGGGGAAUCGGGUCUGGAUGUGUGUCAAGGAAGAAUGCCGUCAUGUGAACAAUUCCCACGCUACCGAAUGUGAGGCGUGUGGGGCCGCCAAACCCAAUCUCAAGGGGUGGAUGUGUGUGGAGUGUGGGACCCGCAACCACAAGGGGGUGAAGAAAUGUCACAAGUGCACCGCGGCUGUAGAGAAUAGCAGCGAGUUUUGGAUGUGUGCUGCGUGCGAAAAGAACAAUCGCAUUGAUGACCUGGACGAUAACAGCCGCUGUGGUUUUUGCAGCUACGACAUGGCCCCCAUGACAAUGACUGAAGCAGAGGCACUCCGAAUUCAAAAUGAGCGUUCGCAACGACUCCGUGAGGAGCAGGAGCAGUUUGACAGUAUUUCGGCCAAAGACGCGGAUGAACAGUUUGGUGACGAAAUUUCUGGGGCCUCAGCACUUCCCAAAGGUCUGCGGCAGAUGUCAUCCACUAGUGUUCCAAGAGCCCCUCUAAAGAUAUUUGAAAUAAAGGCAUUUACUCCAUCUUCUCCAGAAACAGCUCAUUCACGUAUUUUCAGGAAACCGAAGCAAUCAACGUCGACGGGCAUUCCACCGGGGCCACCAGGUUUUGACUGGAUGUGCUGUGAGCCCAGUUGUGGGACUAUUAACGCUGGCGACGAGGAGAGUUGCCUCAAGUGCGGUAAACACAUCACCCCUGCCGAGUGGGAAUGCUGUCAUUGUGGUGCAGUGAACCACUUAAGUCGCUCACGAUGCUUUAACUGCCACAUCAUUAUCCCUGUAUCGUGGGUAUGUUCUGGUUGUAAAACGUCGACAAGCAUCUAUGAUCGUAGUUGUCGUCAGUGUGGUGAGCCGCGUCCCGUUACUGAACCAAAAGACCCUCACGAAGUACAAUUUCCAAGGCACACAAGAAGCUCUGCAUUUUCGGCUGGUGGCAGAAGGCACACGACGCGUGCGCAGGACUGGAGUUGUGUUGAAUGUCACGGCAUGAAUUUUGCGUCGCGAACGGCCUGCUAUCAAUGCGGUGCACCCAGAAGUGCAUCUGAAGCGGAUUCACUCCCAGGUGCGUCGUCAGCCUCAGCCUCACCAGACUUGACAGCCAGUCAUAACAAUUGGUUCUGUCGUCACUGUCAGGCGAGUAACUUCCGAACCCGCACAAGCUGUUGGCAAUGCGGCCGAGCCUCUUCGGAGUCCGGCGCGACAUCGUGGUCUGAUGACGACUCUGCGCCUCAUUUUGAGAAGGAGGGCUUCCAGCAGGACUCCAACGACGACGUUGCCAAGGGACAAGUCAACGUAUGGGGCAAGAAGAAUGAAGACUGGACCUGCGGAGAGUGCUUCUCAAAGAACUUUAAGAACCGUCAGGAGUGCCACAAGUGCGGCGCGACAAAAACUGUGGCAGUGACGCCGCGCCGUGCCUUUGUGCGUAAGCCCGUUAAGAUUUGA